UCCCAGUUACAUCUGUCUUUCUCUGUGAUGUUGCUGCAGCAGCUGUCUGAGUCUCGGGUGCAGGAGGUCCUACGGGUGGGCCUGGGCUCCUCUAUGCAGAAACAUCCUCUGACUAUCUCAAGCUUUGGAAACAUCACGUCAGUCACCCUACAGAGUGCAAAUGGGAGAUCUUACUAUCAGAUUGGAAACAUCUCUGUGUACUGCCCUGCAAAUAUAUUCUCCUGCCAGAACAAAGAAUGCUUGACCAAGAUAAACCCUCAGUGUGACAAUGUUGUGGACUGCGAUGAUGGCUCUGAUGAAGCCCACUGUGAUUGUGGCAUUACGCUGGCCAUUGCCGAUCGCAUCGUUGGGGGUACGGCUGCCUACCUAGGUGAAUUUCCCUGGCAGGUGAGCCUGAAGCUACAAGGAACUCAUGACUGCGGGGCAACCGUCAUUAGCAAGACCUGGCUCGUGUCUGCGGCACACUGCUUUGACUCGAUCAGUGACCCCACACAAUGGACAGCUUUGGCGGGGGCAACACUGAUAACAGGAGCACAGUCAACCGCCAUGGUGCUCAACAUCAAAUCCAUCAUAAUCCAUCCCAACUACAAUUCCUUCACAGCAGACUAUGACGUGUCCUUGGUGGAACUUGAGUCUCCUUUGACCUUUAACUCCUAUAUUCAGCCGAUUUGUCUGCCCGUGCCAUCCUACAACUUCCCACCUGGGAUGCAAUGCACAGUCACCGGCUGGGGACAGCUUUAUGAGUUUAACAGUACCCAGACCACAAUGCUGCAGAAGGCCACAGUCGGGAUCAUUGACAGUACGUUGUGCAACUCUUCUCGUGUGUAUCCCGGAGCUAUCACAAGCCAAAUGAUGUGCGCUGGUUUCUUGGCAGGCAAGGUUGAUGCAUGCCAGGGAGAUUCUGGAGGUCCUCUGGUCUGUCAGGAAAGCACAGGUCGUUACUUUUUAGCUGGAAUUGUCAGCUGGGGAAUUGGAUGUGCUGAAGUCAACAGACCUGGGGUCUAUACUCGAGUGACAAGUAUCCAAAGUUGGAUCAUGAGCUACAUUAACCAACCAGUGGUCAAUCAAGCUAUACCCUUAAUGAAGAGCAUGUUGAUCAGUCCAACUGCAGCCCUGACCACCACCUCGUUUUCAAACAUGAUUUCACCUGAGGCCAUGACCACCCCUAUUAUAAACUCCAUGACAAACAACACAGAUUGCUUUGGAAAAUUCCAGUGUUCAGUGGGAACUUGCAUUGACAAAAUCAAUCCUGAAUGUGACGGAGUGAGCGACUGCACCAAUCAAGCAGAUGAGAACAACUGCAAUUGUGGACAAAGGCCAGCGAUGAACCUGCAGAGGAUUGUGGGUGGCUCCAGUGCAGUCCUCGGAGAGUGGCCAUGGCAGGCCAGUCUGCAGAUCCUUCAGAGGCACGUCUGUGGUGCAGUCCUCAUCAAUCAGAGAUGGCUUCUCACGGCGGCCCACUGCAUCCUUCCGAGCCGAAAUCCAACCAGGUGGGCAGUGAUCAUGGGGUCCCUGAAUGCCACAAGCAAAGAUGGGGUACGGCUGCAUUUGCGCAGGAUUGUUGUGCACCCUCAUUUCAACCGUACCAACAUGGACUUUGACAUAGCACUCCUUGAAUUGGUAACGAUGGCACCACUCACCAACGUGAUUCAGCCUAUCUGCCUGCCUUCAUCAACGCAUGUCUUCACCAACCAGAGCGAGUGUUUUAUCACAGGCUGGGGUGCCAUGGAUGAGGGAGGCAAAAUCCAGACGCAAGAGCUGCAGCAAGCAUCCGUGGAUCUCAUCAGCCAAUCAGACUGCCAGGAGGCCUAUGGGUGGAACAUCGAGAGCAACAUGAUGUGUGCCGGCUUUAUGGAAGGAGGCACAGACACAUGCAUGGGUGAUUCAGGAGGACCACUCGCCUGCAUGGAGGCUUCCGGCCGAUGGUUCCUCGCAGGGAUCACCAGCUGGGGGAAAGGAUGUGGUAGAAAAAACUACCCAGGGGUUUACACCCGCAUCACCUCAGUCUACGACUGGAUUAAGUCAUACAUUUAGAAUUUUAAAAUAGUGAAUGGACAGUCCACCUUAUCCUGAGGGGGCCCUGUGAGCCCAGAUCACCAAUGCUUUGACAAUCCUGACCAGGAGAUGGCAGAGUGAGCAAGAAAGCAGAUGAACUUCAUCUCCUGAAAACUGGAGCACAGACUCUUUAAUUUAUUUAUUCUCUUAUUUAAGAAUUAAGAUGACCAGAUGUCAUUGUUGGUAAUAGACCUGCCUUUGCUACAGGAACUGAAAUCAAACAUAAAGGACAAAUGGGGCACACUAUGAAAGCAAGGAGGCCAGCAUAUUAAUCCUUUAAAAAAUAAUUCAUUAGUGUCACUAAUGGAAGAUAAAGUCAAGGUCAAAGUUUCAUGUUAAACCUGGAACAGCACCUCCUCCAGUGCCCGUCUAGUACUCAUUUAAUGACAUUAUGGUCUGGUGCCAUUGUGUGCAUAUAUGUUGUUUUAUGUUGUACAAUAAAACCGUCACUUCUUACCCAUUGUGUUUUACUGUGUAAUGAACACCCAGGAAUCCAUGCAUAGAACAAACAGACUGAGCAACCAGCCCUAGUGUCAACACCAUGGUCCCGCUGAGCCUCUAAUGAUUAGGAAGUAAACCAUAAGGCUUGUUUUGUGAUCCAUAAUCCCUGCUUAGAAAAACAUUUCAACAAAAGACAUCAAUGAAGUAAAGAAAAUACGGAGAACACCUUAGUAUCAUCAGUCUGGGCAGAGAGGCAGGUGGAGUCACGCAGGAGAUGUUCAAUGUACUGUUACAAAGAUAUAAAGAUUAAAAUCAUCUGAAGAACAUUUCCUACUUCAGUAAGACUAUUUUUGAUUGUUCAUA